ACGCCGAGAUCGAAGUCGCACCCUGCGAUCCGAUCUGCAAGUCCGCUGUCGUUUAUCGUUGUUUGUCGCUUCGUCGAUCGGACAAAAUCGCGACGAUCGGAUGAACAAAGGCGAAUCGAAUAUCGCAUACGAAGAGAGGUUUGAUGGUAGCUAUUGGCAGCACUGUGUUGUGUAGCGUCCAAAAUCCAGAAAGGUAAAGGAAUAUAUUUGUACGAUUUGAGUAUAAAGUGUAUCGAGAUAUAUUUGUGAAGCAUCAUGGGUUGCGACGGCGGCACCAUUCCUCGCAGAGACGAGCUCGUCAGGGUGAAAAAGAAACCGGAGCAGAAAGACAAGGAGGCAGAGUUAGCUUUCAAGUGGAAGCAUUGUACGAUACGGCAAUUGCCACUGCAACCACCGAUCGUGGGUUGCAGCUUGGGUCGCCUCUACAGCAAAGAAUCUGUAUUGGAAGGUCUUUUGGAUCGCGGUACCCUUCCGGAAUCUGCGGUACACAUUAAGAACUUGAAGGACGUGAAGAACCUCAAUUUGACGCCAAACCCAGCAUUUGAUGGCAAUAAGGCAGAAAAGGGGGACGGUUACAACGGCGGCAGAAGCCCAUAUAUUUGUCCCGUUAUUGGUUUGGAGAUGAACGGGAAAUAUAAAUUCUGCUUCUUAUGGUCAUGCGGCUGUGUGAUGAGCGAACGCGCUCUCAAAGAAGUCAAGAGCGCAUUGUGUCACAAAUGUCAGCAACCGUUUGAGGAGACGGAUAUAAUCAUAUUAAAUGCGCAAGAUGAGGAUCUGGAUCUCAUGAAGGAGCGAGCGGUACUCAGGAAAGCUAGUCAAAAGAAAUCAAAGAAGAAGAAGAAGUUGGACGAUGAUGUGUCGACGGAAGAAAAGACGGAUGAAUUGCCCAAAAAGAAGAUAAAGAAGGAGGACAAAGUAAUCCCCAAGUUAAACAAUCAUAAAGAGGCCAACGAUCCUGCUUAUAAAAAGGCUGAAAGUGAUUACAGCGUCGCGAAGGAUCCCAAAGCAUCAGAAGUCUUCAAAAGUAUUUUUACCACUCAUAAAUCUGCUACGGCGCAAGAUAGAGCGCAUUGGGUUACUUAUAAUCCAUUUUAUAACUGAUGUAUGUAAAGUAAGGCUAGAAAUUAUUCAUUAUUUCCUUAAUUAGAAGAUAAAGAUGUAAAAAGCGAAAAAAUGAUUAUAUAUUAUAUCCUAAUGACUUAGAGAUUUUAAAAUAUACAAAUAAGCGAAA